UCCCACAAUUCUUACUUCCGCGACGUAGCAGGGCAUGUUAAAGAAGAAGAAGUGGCACUUUUGUCUCGUCCCUGCUUGUCAGCUAGUUGCAGUAAAUGUGACAAGCGAGUCGUGGGGCUCAACGAUCAAAUGCUCACAGCUCCGGAAAUGAAAGGUGUGCCUUUCUGCCAUAAGUAGCAGUGAUGGAGGGAGAAGCCCAAAGGCCUGGUGCCUCAUGGGAGAAUGGUACUCUGGCUCCUGUGGACCGCCUUCGCUGUGAGAGGGCGGACAGCCCUACACCAGGUCUGGUGGAGGGAACUGAACCAGGUGCCGGCCAGAAGAGUGCCAUGUUCGUCCACGCACAGUCUUUCGAGGAUCUGACUGCUGAGGCUGAGGAAGAGGCUGGGAGGGAGGCUGAACUAGACAUAUCAGGAGAGUGUACGGAGGAGCUCAAGGUGAUGGUGGGGGAGAAAACCCUAGAGGAGCAACACAACAACGACAUUUCACCAGAGAGCAGGCCGAAGGAGGAGGACGUGUCCAGCGAGGCGUGGAGGAGCCACAGAAAACACGUGUUUGUGCUGAGCGAGGCUGGAAAGCCAAUCUACACCCGCUACGGCACGGAGGAGGCUCUGUCCAGCACCAUGGGGGUGAUGAUGGCCCUCGUGUCCUUUGUUGAAGCUGAGAAGAACAUCAUCCGCUCCAUCCAUGCAGAUGGCUGUAAAGUGGUUUUCCUCGCCAAGAGCCCUCUGGUCCUGGUGGGCGUGUCUCGUACCUGUCAGUCGGACAAGGAGCUGCUGCGGGAGCUGCAGUACAUCUACUACCAGAUCGUCAGCCUGCUUACCCUCACCCAGCUCAACCACAUCUUCCAGCACAAGCAGAACUACGACCUGCGCCGCCUGCUGGCCGGCUCCGAGUAUCUCAUCGACAACCUUCUGCAUCGGCUGGACCGAGACCCCGGUCUGCUGCUCAGUGCCGUCACAUGCCUGCCUCUGGCCAGCUCCGCCAGGGACGUGGUCUCAUCGAGCCUGCAGGCCGCCAAAGCCAAAAACCUGGUGUUCUCCAUCCUGCUGGCGGGGGACCGCCUGGUUACUUUGGUGAGGAAAAAGGACCAGUUCCUGCACCACAUAGACUUGCACCUGGUCUUCAACCUCGUCGGCUCCUCCUCGUCCUUUAGAGAGGGUGAAGGCUGGACGCCGAUCUGUCUGCCAAAGUUCAACACUGCAGGAUUUUUCCACGCUCACAUUUCUUACCUGGAGCCUGCGUCCGAACUCUGCCUCAUCCUGGUCUCGACCGACCGAGAGGACUUCUUUAAUAUGUCCGACUGCAAGCAGCGAUUUCUGGAGAGGCUGAGCAAGCGCGGUGCCUACCAGGCCCUGAAGGAGGCGCUUAAAUGUCCCACCUACUCUGUGGAGCAGGUCGGCAUCCCGGAGCUCAGGCACUUCCUGUACAAAUCAAAGAGCUCGGGGCUGUACAUCAGUCCAGAGUUUCCUGUAGUGUACCAAUCUGAUGAGGAGCAGGAAAGGCUGAUGGGAUUGUACCAGGACCUUCAUAGCAGCUUGCAUAAUCCAACCAGACCUCUCCGCUCCUUCUACCGCUGUAGUGAAACUGAAAACCUGCUGGCAUGGGUGACAAGUGGCUUUGAGCUCUACAUCUGCUUCAGUCCGCUGGGGACUAAGGCCCUGGCCCUCUCUGCUGUCAACAAACUGCUGAAGUGGAUCAGGAAGGAGGAGGAUCGCCUCUUCAUCCUGAGUCCUCUCACAUACUGAGCCCUCGCUGCCUUGCUGAUGUCCUGAAACAUAAAGCGUCACCCUGGACACCGACGGCCCUGGUGCUAACAGCUGUGGAUGAUGAUGCAGCAGUCAGUCCAGUGUUUACGAAUGAUAGUCAAAGAUAUGCUUUUUCUCUCUCGCUUCUGGAUUCCUAUGAUUUAAUUCACAGAUUUGUGAUGAAUUAGAUUGUAAAUUAAAGCUGUAUUUUUAUCUGGCUACAUUUUUAUAACUUUAAAUUCAGAUAACAACAAUAGAACAAUAGAUGGAAGCAGCAUCAACGUCAUCGAUGACACAGUAACAACAUAAACGGUGGUGUUCGUAUGCUGUUGAAGUUAUUUCAUAAAUAUUUGUUUUGUAUUAUGCCUCUAACAAUAUGAAAAAUGCUAUCUGUUUUUUUUAAAUGCUAUCAGCUCAGUUCUUUAAAAUCAAGAAUGACAUUUGUCAAAAGUCAAAAACUGUAAUUUUCUGAAGACCUGCAGUAAAAUGUAAUCUUUUGUGAUUAAAACAUGCUAUCAAAAUAUGAGUUUACCACAUUCCUGUUGUGUUUUAUCUUUACAUGAUGACCAAUAACUGUAAGAACCACUGACAUUAUACCUCUUUGCACUUUCUUUAUGCAAAAGGAACUUCAAGAGAAAUGUGUUCAGGAGUCUGUAAUAUGCACAUUAAUUAUGAAAAGUAUUGUGUGAAAUGUUAUCUGCUUGUGUCUAAUCAUAAUUUCACGGGACCUUGCUUUGCUUGAGGAAUCCAACAAAGCCGCAUCUGCCUCCACUAAUCAAGCCUUAACUAAUUGUCAUUGUUCAAAUCAAAAUUAUGGUUGUAGCAGUGCACAUUUAUGGCUGAUGCAUAAUUCCAGAGUUGUUAUGUAUAAAUAAAUAAAUAAAUCAUUGGUAAUAAAACA